AGUCUCCCAAGCCACACUCACUCAAGCACAAGCGUCUCAUCUGCCGGUGCCCUUCUGUCUCUCCUUUCAGUAGCUAGUCUUCUUCAGCACAGGAGAGAGCGGGGAAAAAGAGAGAGCGAGAUGAGCAGCAAGGUUCUCCUGGUCGCCGUCCUCUUGGUGGGCGUAGCCUCGCAGUGCUCAGGCAGCAGGAGCCUGCAGGGAGAUCACCUGGCUGAACAGAAGUACGGUGGAGGUGGGUACGGAGGUGGCGGUGGAUACGGCGGUGGCGGCGGCGGCGGCUAUGGAGGCGGUGGCGGCGGUGGCUAUGGAGGCGGUGGCAGCGGCGGCGGCUACACACCCGGCUACUCCGGCACCGGAACCUGCGACUACUGGAAGAGCCACCCGGACGCGAUCAUCUCGUGCAUCGGGUCACUGGGCAGCAUCCUGGGCUCCUUCGGCGACAUGUGCAGCUCCUUCUUCGGGAGCAAGCUGCAGACGCUGCAGGACGCGCUGUGCAACACCCGCACCGACUGCUACGGCGACCUGCUCCGCGAGGGCGCCGCCGCGUACCUCAACUCCAUCGCCGCCAAGAAGUACGCCUACUCCACGCAGCAGGUCAAGGACUGCAUCGCCGUCGCGCUAACCUCCGAGGUCGCCGCCGUCGCUCAGGCCGCCAUGUUCAAGAAGGCCAACUACGCCUGCCACUACUAAAGCUAUAAUCAGUACAAUUAAAUAAGUCCAUGCAUGGGUCGAGAUGCAUGGAUGCAUGCGGUUCUGUGUGUGUAUCCUCAGCUUGCCUUGUGUCUGCGUCAUUAAUUUGAUGAUCCAUCGUCUCGUUGUCAGGUGCAGUAGUGAUGCUCGCUUUCUUGUGCUUGUUGCUGAUGUAAGAAUAAGAUGAGUUGGUUGUUAGUGAAACGGUCGCUGUUCUUACGAGAUGCUUACGCACUCGGAUUUGUUUCUGUCAGUACUGGUCGGUGUGUGAUGUAAUCUUGUACAUGAUCGACUACAGCUAUACAAGGUCAAUAUGAUAA